UUCAAACCGGUCUACACUACAAUAUAUUCUGGUGGUGAUCUAUGUUAAACGCUCAAUAAACCACAUACUGAAGCUUUCAAACAUAGCAACCAGAAAAAAUAGUCAGCGUGCUAAAAUUUGUAUCAAUUUAAUUGUGAACUAAACAUAUAACUGUGUCAAAAAUCAUCUCAAAAAUAAUUUAUGCAUCGCUAGAAAUUGAUCACAAGUUAUUGAUUAACGUUUCCGGUGCACAUUUGAAUGGUAUUCCGGCAGCUUCGAUUAAUUUUCCAUAUUUUUCCACGUGCUCUGAAUGAGGAGUCUUGAUUGAAGUCGUCAAAAUUAUAAACUUAGAACUAGAUUACUGAGAGUAGUAGUUAUUAGUAGUUAUAAGUAGUAUAUAAAGGAAACCAUGGUCGAUAUUUGUGCCACUCCUUUGAAGCCAUCGUCGGCACCCGCCCCCUUGCGACCGAUUAUGCGCAUGGGCACCGCUUGUGUCGGACCGAGACAGUGGCAAGACGACACAGUCCGACAAAUAAAGCUCGGUCGGAGUGUGAAUCGCAGAUCGGAAAACGACCGAGAGUAUGGUCGGCAACACGACGCCUUACCACACAUGCGGGAUGUUCUAGUUCGUCAUAGCAACACAGUCGCAUUCGGAUAUGUUCGGGAGGUUCGAGUAGUCGUGAUCAAACUACGAGAGAACUUGAUCACGGAAAACGAAGAGGUGAAAUUAUUACUUCGGGGGAAAGAAGCGCUGGAAAAGAUGUUGGACAAUAUGCGGAAGGAUAUUUUGAUGAACAAGAAGUGUGUAGACAUUCGGAAAACGAGGCCGAAACGCGAGAAGGAUUUGGACGAGGCGGACAAGACGAUAGAGAUGGAGAGAACUGAGCUGGAGAAUCUGAAGAAAAACUUGGAGGGACACUUGAAGAUAACGAAGAAACACCUCAUUUUGAUGGACCAAUCGCGCAAGAGACUAGCCAGAGUGCUGGACGAGAGAAGUGAAGUGCUGGAACUGAUCUGCCAUUCUCGCAACUCGAUCCGACACGACCACCUGCUCAAGAGCCAACUAAUGUCCCCCUCUUCUGUGGGGGGAGGGGGCAUGUUGCAGAAUGCACUGGGCAUGGAUAGCAGCAGACCUAACACCACCACAUCUUCCACCGGAAUGAAGACACCCAAACUGGACAGCCGCAAAAUUACGGAAAUUCUGGCCAAGACAGCGAACGUUGGAGAUGAUCUUCUGGCUUCGGAAAGGGGAGACAGAGGCGCUAUGAUGAAGUCUGGAGUGUACACUGCGAGGACCUUCAGACCCCUGGACGGGGAGAGACCUAGCACCCCUCCCCUGAGCAACCUCGGACCCUACACUCCUGAGGCUGCGGAGGCUAUUGAUGAGUCACGUGACCUGAUUGAGAAGAGCAGGCAGCAGAGAUUGAGUAUCGCGGAGGCGGUGGACGAGGCGGCCAGGGAGGCCAAGCGACUGCACAACUGUGUCAAUGAUGCCCUCACACAGCGACUAGCAGAGACCAUCACCCUAAUGCAACACUUGAGUAUGGGGGAGGCGGAGAACAGGACUGCGUACAACAAGAACACGCGGCACUACGAGAUGACGGAUGUGUCUAGGGGCUACAAUCUAGGCCCAGUGGCCUACUCGGACCUACAGAGCAGAGAGCGACUGGACAGACCAAUGGUCAAAGUCUACAACAGACAUCCAGGCACCAACGUGCCAGAUGCCAGGGACCUUAUCAGGGCCAACAAUCAGCUGGAAGAUUCACUGGAGAAGACCCAGAAAAACUUGGCCCUUCUUCAUCUGUCCAACAUCCGGAUUAAAGAAGAUCAAAGGGACAAAAAGGCAGCAGCCGACAUUGAUGCUACAAUCAUCCGGUUCCGAAAGAAGAAAGCCGACCACAGAUGGGUACCCGGAGAACAAUAGACACUCGGAACCUCCGAUAAACCCACAAAAAUUCAACAUAGUCUCCAAGAAAAACACCCAUUCAACUUCACUGUGAAGUUCGCUUGAAUAUCUGACACUUACAUAUAUAAUAGAAAACAGUUUGGAAAGUUAAGAAAAUCUUGAAGCUAUUUGUUCGCGAGUUUCGCAAUGUUUCUAAAGCUAAUGUGUCACCACAUUCAUUAGCCAGUCACAUCAAAACCAUCAAAUUCAUUUGCACGCGCGCUCAGAUGGACGUCAUGUGCUUGUUGGCGUGGCUCUUAUUAGAGAUAUAAUUAUGAUGAUCAGCUAUCAGUGUUUAAAUUAAUUACAUCAAUGUCAAAUUAGGUCCUUACAAAGAUCAGUACUGCCUUAAAAACUAAAAUAACAAAUUGGAUUUCAAUUGGAAGGUUUUUUGCCUUUUUCUUAAA